AUGGUAAAAGCCCAAUAUCUAGACAAAGCAAAUAUAGAUACCAAACCAACUUUUGAAAGAAGUACCGACAACAAAGAACCAUUUUUUACUUUUGUUAGAGAACAUGAUUCUCGUCUUGUACAAGACAUAUGCGAUGGUCUUCGUCCAAGUUUUGCAAAAGAAAUACCCCAACUUUAUGUUAAUUUGGCAAGCCAAUGCAUGAAUGCAACUCCUUCUGAACGUCCUUCUGCAAAUAGAAUUCAAAAACUUUUAGACGAUUGGAUAAAAGAGGAACUUUAUAUAAAUAUGUUUAGAGAAGCUGAUGAAGUUGAAUCUAAAUCUUUAGAAUAUGCCCAUUAA